ACGCUCUUCCGCCGAAGUCGAAUAUCGCGCCAUGGCAGUCACAGUUAGUGAAAUAUUAUGGUUGCGUUGGUUACUCCAGGACCUUACAGUCAAUCAAAUAGGUCCCACGCCUCUUUAUUGUGACAAUCAAGCAGCAAGGCACAUUGCACUAAAUCCUGUUUUUCAUGAACGCACAAAACACGUAGAAAUGGAUUGUUAUUUUGUAAGAGAAAGAGUUGCUAGUAAAGAGAUUCAGCCAGUAUCUAUCUCCACAACCAAUCAAGUGGCUGACAUUUUCACCAAAGCACUUGGCACUGAUCGUUUUCAGUUUCUUCGAAGCAAGUUGGGUGUUCGUAAUCUUCACACUCCACCUUGAGGGGGAGUAUUGAGAUAUUAUUAAUUAACUAAGUUAUUAGCCUUUAUAUUUUCAUUAUUGAAUAUGUAAUGUUUGGUGUUGAUAAGAUAGACAUACGUGGUAGCAUGUCAUACAUAUGGCCCAUGCACCACUUCCAUCCCCUUUCCCAUAUCAUUUGCUUGUACUAUAUAUAUGUGUGUAAUUCGUAUAUUCAAUGUAAGAAACAUGCAUGUUAUGUGCAUCUCACCUUUAGUGAAGGGUUUUCUCAUUUUCAAUGUCCUUAGACUGAGCUUAGAAGUCAAUGUAAGGGUUAUCACCAUUAACAGUUCCUUUGACUUGUGAGAAUUUCUGGAUCCAGGUGUAUGUAUAAUCUACCGUUACAAAAAAAAAAUUGUCAAGAUCAUCGGAGAUCAUGAUGACAGUUUGUCCAAGCCGAGAUAAUCUUCAAAUCCCUCAAUCCGCUAUAGUUAGGGUGAGUGAUCGUUUCUACGUCUAAUUAGAUAGUAAGGGAACUUUCGGGUUAUGAUGAGUACGUUUGGUAGCAGGAGGCUGGUCAAUAUUGAAAAGUUUGUAAUGUGUUCUUGGAUUCUACUCCGUAAUAUAAUCAGUCAGCUGCCUU